CACACUUCAAGCUCUGCUAUUCCCACAUGGUAACAACAACAUGUCUACUAGCCAUUUCCAGGAGCGCUCGGUUCCCGCUGCUCAAGAUGGGCUAUCCCCUGCUUCCCCGUCGGUAGGAUCCGCGUCUCGUGGCGCCAAUGCUCUAUCUAGUAGAAUCACAAGUGUUCUUUCGGCCUCCUACGCAGACCUUGAGAUCCGUGAUGUUCUGGAGACGCUAGAUGCAAGAGGAAUUCGAAAUACUGCGGAGACGCGGCGGCAAAUACGGCUAGAUGUUCAGAAAGAAGUUAUCCAAUGCAAUGGCGAGAUUGUUAAGGACUUUGGCGCGGUUGCUGAGCAACUGAAACGUAUUGGCACAGCUAUUUCUAGUCUGAACAAAUACUGUGCAGAUAUGCGGGGUCAUAUUGCUGCCGCAAAUCGUGAAACGGGCCCUGUCCUAGAAGAAGCAACGAGUCUCAUGACCCAGAAGAAACAGAUCGAAACUAAGCAGCAAAUUUUAGACGCCUUCAAUACCCACUUCACUAUUUCCGAGGCCGAGUCAACAAUAUUGACGUCGACUGCAGAGCCUGUCAAUGAGGAAUUUUUCCAAACACUUACGAGGGUGAAGAGAAUCCACCACGAUUGUCAAGUGCUUCUGGGGACAGAGGAUCAAAGACUAGGUUUGGAAGUGCUCGAGAAAAGUUCCAGACAACUCAACACCGCCUUCCAAAAAUUAUAUCGUUGGAUCCAAAGAGAGUUCAAGGACCUUGACCUAGAAAACCCUCAAAUCAAUGCAUCAGUGAGGCGGUCCCUACGUGUCUUAGCUGAGCGGCCGUCCUUGUUCCAGAGCUGUCUCGACUUCUUUGCAGAGGCACGCGAGCACAUUCUUUCGGACUCGUUCUAUGCGGCUCUUACUGGAUCAAGUUCUGAGGCGCAACACAUUGCCACCAAGCCUAUUGAAUUCCACGCGCAUGACCCGUUACGUUAUGUUGGUGAUAUGCUAGCUUGGGCUCAUUCUGCUACCGUAUCGGAGAGGGAAGCAUUGGAGGUUUUGUUCAUCUCAGAGGGAGAUGAAAUCAAACGGUCAAUACAAGCUGGUCUCGAAAGCGAACCAUGGCUGCGUUCCGAAGAGAAUGACGAAAUAUUCGAUGGAAGAAAAGCUCUCAAUCAGUUGGUCAGCCGCGAUCUCACUGGUGUUGCGCGAUUAUUACGACAGCGUACCGAACAGGUGAUCCAAAGCCAUGAGGAUGCAACCCUAGCUUAUAAGAUCGCAAACCUGAUCGGCUUCUACAAGAGUACUUUUACCAAACUUCUCGGCGCAGCUUCAGAGGUCCUUGAGGUAUUCACAGCGCUCGAGGGUUCGGCAAUGAGACAGUUCCGUGGCAACAUGAGGGAUCACGUAGCAGCUGUCCAGGGUGAAAUAGCUGUCGCACCAGCAGACUUAUCAACACCCGAUUUCUUCGAAGAUGCUUUACAAAUGCUGAAGGCGCUUGCGAAGAGCUACGAUACGUCCAUUGCAACGGCUGAUGACCAAGAGAAUGCCUUUCAAUCGGUGCUCACAGAAGCUUUGGAUCCAUUCCUUGCUGGAUGCGAAACACUUUACAAAGGACUACCCAAACCCAACAGCGACAUAUUCGCCAUCAAUUGCCUUUUGGCAGCAAGGGCGGUGUUAUCCCCCUACUCGUUUGCAGGUGACCGUGUUAGAGAAAUGGAGGAUACUAUGGGCGAGCAUACAGCAAGGCUUGUGGAGUACCAGCAUCAAUAUUUCACUUACACUUCAGGUCUCAACUCCCUGUUGGAAGCUCUCUCAGAUAUCUCCGAUUCUCCCGAGACCCUGAAAGCCAUUCCGACAUUGGAAGCCUUCAAGCCUGAAGCGCUUAUCAACUCAAGUCAGCAGCUCGAUGAGUUUCUUCCGUCGGCGCUCAUCGAUGCCGUGGAAAACAUCAAGCAUUUGCGGAACAGGAAGAUGGUGCAGGAUAUUACGGAAGAAGCAGCUAGACAGUUCUGUGAAGACUUUGAAUUUGUGGAGAGCAAGAUUCUAGCAGUUGAUGACUUGCUCUAUGGUGAAGAUGAGUCUGAGGAGGAACCCCCGCUAGGGAUUAGGGAUAUGUUCCCACGCACGAGUGGUGAGAUACGGGUGCUCUUGAGCUAGCUAGAUAUAGGUAUCACG